AUGGGAAACAACUCCCUGAGUAAAUGUGGCUGUGGUGGUUUAAUAUUCUGGCGUUCUACUCCCAAAGACAAUCCCGACAAUUUUGAAGAGGCUUCAAACACCUCAGACACAAAAAAACAACAGGGGAGUCGUGAAGGUGUAACUUCCAUUGAAACAUCUUCAUCCGAUAAACACGCAGAUUCUUCACCUGGUUCAAACGCCAAACCAGUCCCUGUCGUUAACCAAACCCUCCAAAGGAACCAUCCUAAAGUGUUACAAACCGAGGGCUACGUGAACAAUGGAAGAAGGGUCCCUAAAGAUGCAGUUGGCAUUUCUGGUGAACUUGAAAGCAUGUUUUCCGAUCGCCAAAAGGGAAGCAACACCCUUGUUCGUGCUUCUUCUAGCAACGUGAUGAUGCACAGUAAUUUAGGUAACCUCAGGAAAGGAGGGAAUACCAACACCUAUUCUCAGAACGUCGGGGAUUAUCGGUCCAAGAAAAGCGACGAAACCCCUGUUUCUAAUGGAAGAUACACAAACCAAAGGGUGGAGAAUGCAAGUAAAGGAAGCACGGAAAAAGUGGGUUCUCUAUGCAGGGUCGUUUCUACUAGAAUGGACCCCGAACAAUUGAAGAUAAUGGGCAAUGAGGAUUACAAGAAUGGAAGAUUUCAAGAAGCAUUGGCUCUUUAUGAUGCUGCAAUUUCAAUUGACCCCAAUAGAGCUUCCUACAGGAGCAACAAAAGUGCAGCUUUAACGGGUCUUGGGAGGCUUCUGGAGGCUGUGUUCGAGUGCAGAGAAGCCAUUCGAAUAGAGCCUCAUUAUCAAAGAGCUCAUCAGCGAUUGGGGAACCUGAGCAAGAGAUUAGGAGAAACAGACAAGGCUCUUUAUCAUUACAAACUAGCAGGAUCGGAGGCUGACCCGGAGGAGAUGGCUAAAAUAAAAAGAAUUCAGUUCCAUUUAAACAAAUGCACUGAGGCACGUAGGAUAGGAGAUUGGAACAACUUGAUUAAGGAGGCCAGCAACGCUAUUUCAUCUGGUGCAGAUUCUGCUCCACAGAUAUUUGCGUUGCAAGCCGAGGCAUUUUUGAAGCUCCGUAGGCAUCAACAUGCAGAGGAAGCACUUAUGAAGGGACCUAAUUUUGAUGUUGAUCAGUGCACCAGGUUCUUUGGACAAAUUUGUAAUGCAAACCUGUUGGUGAUUCGGGCUCGGGUUUAUUUGGCAGUUGGCAGAUUUGAAGAUGCUCUUGUUGCAAUUAAUCAAGCAUGUAAGCUAGAUUCAAACAACAAGGAUGCGAUGAAGGUGAUGAUGAAGGCUAAAGCUGUGGCAAGGGCUAGAUCAAAUGGAAACGAGCUUUUCAAGGCAUCAAACUUCUCAGAAGCUUGUGUUGCCUAUGAAGAGGGGUUAGAGAAUGAUCCAUAUAACUCAGUUUUGCUAUGCAACCGAGCUGCGUGUAGAUCAAAAUUAGGCCAAUUUGAGAAGGCCGUGGAAGAUUGCAAUGCUGCUCUUAACUUGCGACCAUCUUACAUGAGGGCCAGGCUAAGAAGGGCAGAUUGCAAUGCAAAGUUGAAAAGAUGGGAAGCUUCGGUUCAAGACUAUGAAAUAUUGGUAAAAGAGUCACCGGAGGAUGAGGGAAUAAGAACGUCUUUGAUGGAGGCCAAAGAGCAUCUUAUGCAACAGCGAAGGGAAUGAAGGUAUUCAAGUAUGGUGGAGUUGUAGAGAGAAUGGUUAGUACUUUAGACCCUGAUUUUGGUGAAGAAAUAUGAGAAGUGAUGCGUGACAAAGGAAAAUGGCCCUACUCUGCUUGUAAUGUGAAGGAUGAUAGAUAAGCAAACUUAUGGUGAAUGAUCAAUCAAUUAUCAAUUCCUUUGUAUAAAAAGGAUAAAGGAAGUUGUGGAGGAACACUAGGGACCCAUUGCCAGGGGGAAAGUGUCACUUUAAUUAUUUCUAAUGUUGAAUCAAUCAAGUGAAGGAGCAAUUUUUUCCAUUUUUAUAUUGAGAUUGAACUUUGAAUUCAAUGGUUGGAGAUAGCUUGGUAUCCUCCCAUGUUUUGCCAUGGACAGAUUGAUUUUAAAGAAACUAUU